AUGAUUUAUGCUAAAACGUGUGGCUUCAAAGCAGUGAACGUUGCUUCUAAACAAAUUGAACAAGUCAAGCGCUAUUCACCCAGGACCGCGAUGGGAGCCCAGUGCACGCAGAUCAGAGGAGCGCGCCUGCCGCUUGUAAUAUCACUCAGCGGAGAAGCAAGAGGGGUGGAGGGGGUCCCACUGGGGAAGAAGGAAGCACACAGGGCUAAUGCUAACGCCCAUGUACGGAUACGCAGCUGCAGCUACACCUGUGCAGCCCACCCUCUUGCUGCUCUCCCCUCCUGCUACAGCGCGCAGGGGUGGGGGCAUCCAGAGACUUGA